AAACAAUUACAUCUUAUGUUUUGAAGUUUCGAGUGAGAAACUAAACGGUCCUUCCCCUUCUCCUCCCUAAGAUGACUUAGACUUGUAUGUAUUAAAAGUGUUAGCUUUUUUCACAAAAAUCCAAUUAUAUCAUUUCCGGGUGCAAACAUUUCCAUGUUUUCUCAUGCGCAAACUAUGAUGCAUGCGCAAUGGGAUGGUGACGUGUCGAGAUUAAUCAGUGACAAGAUACAUCAGCUUAUCUAAUCAUCGGGCUUUCGAUAUUAAUAUGUUUUAUCGAUACUAAUAUAGUUAAAUAUGAACCGAUUCCUUGUCAAUAUUUGCUUAAUUAAUCCAAACGGGGAAAGGAAGAGACACCAAUCAACAUCUUGCUUUCAUAGGUUGCGUGACGUCAUCUCGACCCUCGACUUCCUUUGAUAAACGCACGUGCCCCAAUUCAUGAACCUUCAACGUAAUGAGAAAUCCACCACCAUAUCCUAUUUUCUAUUUUCCAGGUUCAUGAAUCUCGUGGCCCGAAUUUUCGCUAUAUAACCCCGACAGAGACUUGUAAUAUUUCAGCCAAAAAACGAAGAAGCAAACGGAUAAAAGAGAAAUGUGUGGAGACGGCGAGAUCACGGCGGAAUCCGAUUACGCUUUGCUCCAGUCAGUACGGCGACACUUGCUCGGUGACUCGAGUUCCGCGGGGAAAGGUACAAGCGGCCACACCGUGAGGCCGGUGUACGGACGGACGUCGAGCUUCAGCAAGUUGUUCCCUUGUUUCACGGACAGCUGGGGAGAUUUGCCGUUGAAAGAGAACGAUUCGGAGGACAUGUUAGUGUACGGAAUCCUCCGGGACGCCUUCCACGGCGGAUGGGACCCCUCUCCGGACGUUCGGAGCUUGCUCGGCGAUUUUUCGGAGGUCAAAAUCGAGCCGCCGGAGAUUGUUCAGUUGAUGCCGAACACGGUUCCGGCGGCGGAGGCGCCGUCGAAGGGGAAGCACUACAGAGGGGUGAGGCGAAGGCCGUGGGGGAAAUUCGCGGCGGAGAUAAGGGAUCCGGCGAAAAACGGGGCUCGGGUGUGGCUAGGGACCUUUGAGACGGCGGAGGACGCGGCGUUGGCCUACGACCGCGCCGCCUUCCGGAUGCGCGGUUCCCGCGCUUUGUUGAAUUUCCCGUUGAGAGUGAAUUCGGGGGAACCCGAACCGGUGAGGGUCACGACGAAGAGGUCGUCGUCAUCGUCAGGAAACGUGAGUUCGAAGCGGCGGAGGAAGGCGGAGAGCUCGCCGGCGGUAGCCGAUGGUGGGUUGGGGUACGGUGACGGGGGAGGAGAAGAUAGAGUGCGAGGUGGGUCAGUGUAGAGGUGGCGAACAAUUAUUGGUUUCAUAGUGGGCAAUUUUUGUAUUGUGAAUAUGCAAAUAUAAUGGAUGAUUUGUUAAUUCAAUAUAACAAGGGUUUUUCCAAUAUGCCCGUUUUUGGUUA